AGACAUAACAGUUCCAAAUUUAAAAAAGUAAUGAGUGUGAAGUGAUUAAUUUAGCAUCUGUAUGUUAUCUAAUCUAUGACGUGUGCACCUUGAUUGUUCAGAGUCCGACAAUGGUCAGGGCCGCUGGAUCUGCGAUAUAAAAACUAUUGUAUCCCAGUAUCCGCUAUCACUACAUCUCCGCAACUAGAGAGAUAAUCAUGUUUACAUUAGCCAGCUUAUUUAUCAUCGGAACUGUUUUCCAGAUAACAACGUCCCAGGGUCCACCACCGUUGCCGCCAAAUCUACCGCCAGAAUGUUUAAAUCCACCUCAUAUCGAAAAUCCACGAAAAUGCUGUCAAAUACCACCAAUAUUUACAAAAGAUGAGUUUGAAAAUUGUGGCUUUAAGGAAGAAAAUGUGGACAAGCCUAGACACGGGCCUCCAGACUGCUCCAAGCAGUUAUGCUUACUGAAAAGUCGCAAUCUUGUUAAGGACGGCGAUAAAGUUGAUCACGAGGCCAUGAUAAGUUUCAUGGAUAAAUGGGUUGAAGCUAAUCAAGAUUUCAAACCGACUGUGGAAUCAGCGAAGACCAAAUGUCUAGCACAAGAGAUACCCGGUCCGAUGGAAAUCUGUGAAGCAAAUAAAAUUGUUUUCUGCAUCAGUUCAGUUCUUUUCACGGAGUGUCCUAAAUGGGUGACCGGCGAUGAUGACUGCAAGAAGCUGAGGGACCACAUCGAUACUUGUUCUAAAUAUUUUUCCUAAUUCAAGAUUAAAAAGUGCUUGAUACAUUUAUUUA